AUGUCCACCUGGAGAAAUAAACAACAUCCCUCGCAAGCAGGAAGUGUCCGCACUGGACAUGGAACCCCGCGUUCGAGAGGACGCCCCUUAGGCGGGCGAGCCGGUCCAGGACGUAUGGAUCUUAUCGUGUCCGUCAGUCGAAGCAGUGGGCUCGAGAAGGGUGGUGAUGAGUGCGUCUUUCUGUGCACACACUCAGUACAAAUUAUAAACGACGACGAAUCGACGCUCAAGAAAACAUUCUCAUUCUAUUCAGUUCGUCUCCUGCUCCUUGGCUUCCCUACAUCUCCUCAUACAUUUACAGGAAAGUUACGCGAAGGCGUCGCCUCUUCUCAGCGUAAUGACCAAUUCGCAUUGGAAGGUUCAACACGGACAGUGUACGAGUCGUCACUAUACCUCGCGGUUAUCUUCGAUUCUCCCAAGCAAACGACGUCAAUCAUAUCAGCUCUUAUUCCAGAAGUGUACCUCUCAACUCCUCCCCCGCAUCGCUUGUGCCUUCCAACUAUUCUACUUUCCUCUCUUCAUCACCUUCUAGUCGCCUACCCCUCUCAGGUCCCUUUCAACCGAUUUCUCCAAUCGAUACCGGAAACGCUCUUACCAAGAGCCUCUCCGACCUACGCGUGGAUCACCUUUUUGGCUGCAAGCCUUCGAACACGUAACUAUGCCCGCUUCGAGCGAUUAUCCCGAAAAGUUUCCCUGUCCGAGAUACUAGAAACACCUGAUUCGAUCUCAGCUACAUUGGGAGCCCUCACCAUUACCCCACAGGCAAAUCGUACCCUUGCAUUCAAAGCUCUCUUCACGUUGUUGGACUCUUUGCGGAUAAAAUCACGAGAAACUUCAUGGGCAAUUAUCAGAUCGGCUUACCGAGAGCUGACCUGUGGUGUGCAGCCCUCAGAAACGAAAAGUUGGCUAUCGAGGUCUUUGUGUUUGCAGUCCGUCGUUUCGGAUGAAUUUAACGUUGAGGUGGAAGAUUGGCUUGCCAAGCAAGUUCCUCUGGGAGCAGUGCGGAGGAGGGAGGACGCUGAAGGAAAGUGCCAGCUCAACUGCCGCGUUCUUGGAAAGCGCCGUCGCCAAACUUACUAA